AAAAGAAUCAAGAGAGGUUGUCAUGGCGCAGAGGAUCACGACAUUGGUUCUGCUCAUUGAGAUAUUGUUUCUAGUAAACUAUGUGAGUCAAAUCCCCACAACCGCAGCGGAUAACGACGGAGGUGUGAUUCACGUCGCCGGGAAAGUGUUGUGCCAAGACUGCACUCUUAACUACGACAAAUGGAUCAACGGCUCUGAACCCAUCAAAGGAGCUGUGGUAUCAAUCACUUGUAUAGACGAAAGGGAGAGAGUGAGAUACUAUGGCAGUGACAAGACAGAUGAGAGAGGCCAGUUCGAUCUUAUCGUCGACAAAGUCCUCUACGGUGGCAAGAAUCUCAAGGCUCAUCUUUGUAAGGUUCGGCUCGUGUCUCCUGCUGACCAGUCAUGUGGUAUUCCGACAGAUUUUGGUAAUGGUCAAAGCGGAGAGAAGCUAGUUCAACCAUUCAUGGUUUUCAAGGAUCUGGUAAAGUUUGUGGUCGGACCAUUUUAUUAUACCACCCCUAUGUGUGACACCCCUAAAUAUGAAAACAACUACUAGACUUGGAUGAUUUUGACUUUUGAUUAAGGUCAUUUAAAUUUAGUGAUCCACGAUCCUUUACUCUAUAUAUAUUUCUCAAUCAUGUGAUAUGUGACGUAUUUUUGCUUCCUUAAUUUUGUUGGUUCUGGUAAAUGUAAAAUUAUAAUACUCUUUUUCCCUUGUUAC